GUAAUUUUGUUUAAAGAAGACAACUAGUAAUAAAUUGGAAUGGAAGAUUACAAAUUCUUGUUUAAAGUGGUUCUAAUAGGAAAUGCAGGCGUGGGAAAAACAUGUUUGGUACGGCGUUUUACCCAGGGACUUUUUCCUCCUGGUCAAGGCGCAACAAUUGGAGUUGAUUUUUUAAUAAAAUCAGUUGAAGUUGAUGGAGAAAAAGUCAAGCUUCAGAUAUGGGAUACAGCAGGUCAAGAAAGAUUUAGAUCCAUAACACAGAGUUACUAUCGAAGUGCUCAUGCACUUAUACUAGUUUAUGAUAUCAGCAGUCAACCAACAUUUGACUGCCUUCCAGAUUGGCUUAGAGAAAUUGAACAAUAUGCUAAUCCAAAAGUUCUAAGAGCACUUGUAGGAAAUAAAAUUGAUAAAGAAGAUAGAGAAAUUCCACGUCAUAUUGGAGAGGAAUUUGCAAGAAAUCAUGAUAUGUAUUUUAUUGAAACAUCUGCAAAAGAAUCGGACAAUGUUGAAAAACUAUUCACGGAAAUUGCUAUCAGACUUACAAGGGAAGCAAAAAUGAGUAAUCCUCGUUUUGGAGUGAGAACAGUUAAUGAGCUUCAGACAGGACUUAAUAAUACAAAUGAAAGUACUGAUCAUACUUGUUGUAAGUUUUCCUGAAGAUAGUUGAGAAUAUAAUAUAUAAAAAUUAUUAGUUCUUCCUAUGAUUUUCAACAUUCCAUCUGAUGUAAGAAUAUCUUCUUUUAAUUUAGUCAUAUUUACUAGAUAUUAAUAAAUUUCUGUGAUUAUGAUGAUAAAAUCAAAGAAAAUGACUCUUAUUAAAGAUAUAAGCAUAUCACUGAUAAUAUAAAUUCAAAGCUAUUAAUCAAACUUUUAUCUUACAUUCCAUCCUUAUGUAUUAAAAUACUUAAUUUUAUGAAGACAGGUUAUGAUAGUUUAGUAUUUAUUACAAAUGUCAAAGUGAAGAAUGAUAUUAAAUUAAAUUUUUAUUUUUUAUUGUGGAUUGACAUAAUGAGUUUUUUCCUGAUGUUAGUGAGCUGUGUUCAUUUUCUUAUCAUAGCUUAUAAAUUUUCAUCUUCAAAUUUAUGAAUGAAAUGAAAAAAAUUUCAUAAUAAAGAAAUUUUAUACCAGUUAAA